AGCGGUGAGGAUUUGACAAGAGCAUGUGGAUACUGGCCGUCUUCUUGUUCCAAAGCAUCUUAAAUGUUUCUAGUGAAGAUCUACACUCCAGCUUAUAUUUUAUCAAUGCAUCUCUGCAAGAGGUAGUAUUUGCUAGCACCACGGGGGCCUUGGUACCCUGCCCUGCAGAAGGAGUCCCCCGUGUAACGCUCAGAUGGUACCUAGCAACGGGCGAGGAGAUCUACGAUGUCCCUGGGAUCCGCCACGUCCACCUUAAUGGCACUCUCCAAAUUUUCCCCUUCCCACCUUCAAGCUUUAAUAACUUAAUCCACGAUAAUACUUAUUAUUGCACAGCUGAAAACCCUUCAGGGAAAAUCAGGAGUCAGGAUGUCCACAUUAAGGCCGUUUUACGGGAAGCCUAUACGGUCCGAGUGGAGGACCAGAAAGCCAUGAGAGGCGGUGCAGCAGUUUUCAAGUGCAUUAUUUCCUCCCCGGUGGAGGCCUACGUCUCGUGGGAGAAGGACACAGUCUCACUUGUCUCAGGAUCUAGAUUUCUCAUUACAUCAUCGGGAGCCUUGUAUAUAACAGAUGUACAGAAUGAAGACGGAUUAAAUAAUUACCGAUGCACAACGCGGCACAAAUACACCGGAGAAACGCGUCAGAGUAACAGUGCCAGGCUGACUGUAUUAGAUCAAGUAAAUUCAUCUCCAACCAUCAUCGAUAAGUUUGAGCACCUCACGGUCAUGGCAGGGCAUAGAGUGGAGCUUCCAUGUAAAGCAUCUGGUUACCCCAUCCCAAGCACCCGCUGGCUGAAGGAUAACGUUCAGCUUGAGAUGGACAAUAGGUUCCGGAACACGGUGGUGGGUCUUCUGAUUGAGAACACCAGGCAGUCCGACUCCGGGACGUACGUCUGUGAGGUCUGGAACGCCUAUGGCAAUGCGGAGGUGAUAGGAUCGCUCUACGUAAAACAACCCCUUAAGGUGACAAUCAGCCCACGUAAAGUGAAAACCAGUGUUGGAAGCCAAGUGACGUUAUCAUGUAGUGUGUCGGGGACAGAUGACCCUGACAUCACCUGGUACAGGAAUGGUGACAUCAUCAACGCUGGGAGUAAUGUUCGAAUCACAGGUGUCAACCGUGAAACCCUCAUCAUGGACGCAAUGGCUAAAAGUGAUAAUGGCGCUUACCAGUGCUUUGUACGCAAGGAUCGGAUGUCCGCGCAGGACUAUGUGUUGGUCGUACUGGAAGAUGGAACCCCCAAAAUCAAUUCGGCGUUCAGCGAAAAAGUGGUGAGCGCCGGAGAACCUGUGUCCCUGAUGUGUAACGUAAAAGGCACCCCGCUACCCACCAUCACCUGGACCCUGGACGACGAGCCCAUUAUCAAGAACGGCAACCACCGAAUCAGCCAGAUCAUCACCUCCGACGGCAACGUGGUCAGCUAUCUCAACAUCACCAACACAGGGGUGCGGGAUGGGGGCGUCUACCGCUGCACUGCCAAUAACUCUGCGGGAGUCGUCCUGUACCAGGCUCGAAUAAACGUAAGAGGGCCGGCCAGCAUUCGACCAAUGAAAAAUAUCACAGCAAUAGCCGGGAGAGACACGUACAUUCACUGCCGUGUGAUUGGGUAUCCCUACUACUCCAUAAAGUGGUACAAGAACUCCAACCUCCUCCCAUUCAACCAUCGUCAGGUGGCUUUUGAGAACAACGGCACUUUAAAGCUCUCGGACGUGCAGAAGGACGUGGAUGAAGGGGAGUACACGUGUAAUGUUCUCGUCCAGCCGCAGCUCUCCACGAGCCAGAGUGUCCAUGUCACUGUGAAAGUGCCCCCUUAUAUUCAGCCAUUUGAAUCCCAAAGAUUUUCCAUCGGGCAAAGAGUGUUCAUCCCUUGUGUGGUGGUCUCUGGGGAUUUGCCCAUCACCAUCACUUGGCAGAAGGACGGGAGGCCAAUUCCGGUCAGUCUUGGAGUCACCAUUGACAACAUUGACUUUACAAGCUCCUUGAGGAUUUCCAAUCUUUCCCUGAUGCACAAUGGGAAUUACACCUGCAUCGCCCGAAAUGACGCAGCCGCCGUAGAACACCAAAGCCAGUUAAUUGUCAGAGUUCCUCCUAGAUUUGUGGUCCAACCCACUGACCAAGAUGGGAUUUUCAGAAAGGCCGUGAUACUGAACUGCUCCGCGGAGGGUUACCCUGUGCCUACGAUCGUGUGGAAGUACUCUAAAGGUGCUGGAGUUCCUCAGUUUCAGCCCAUCGCUCUGAACGGUCGUAUACAGCUUCUCAGUAAUGGUUCUUUACUGAUUAAGCACAUCCUGGAGGAAGAUAGCGGAUACUACCUCUGCAAGGUCAGCAAUGAUGUGGGAGCUGACGUCAGCAAGUCCAUGUAUCUCACGGUUAAAAUUCCCGCAAGAAUCAUUUCCUACCCUAACACCACUCUGGCCACUCAAGGCCAAAAGAAAGAGAUGAACUGCACGGCCCACGGCGAGAAGCCCAUCAUAGUCCGCUGGGAGAAGGAGGACCGCAUGAUAAAUGUCCCUGAGAUGUCCCGGUACCAGGUGUCCACCAAGGAGGUGGGAGAUGAAGUGCUGUCCAUACUGCAGAUCUUGCCCACCGUCCGGGAGGAUUCGGGCUUCUUUUCGUGUCAUGCGAUCAAUUCUUUCGGAGAAGAUCGAGGGAUCAUCCAGUUGACUGUACAAGAACCUCCAGAUCCUCCAGAAAUUGAGAUCCGAGAAGUGAGAGCACGAAGCAUUGCCCUUCGCUGGACUAUGGGAUUUGAUGGCAACAGUCCAAUUACCGGAUACGAUAUUGAAUGCAAAAAUAAAUCAGACUCCUGGGAUUCUGUCCAGAGAACCAAAGACGUCUCACCCCAAUUAAACCAGGCCACCAUCAUCGACUUACACCCAUCCUCCACCUACAACAUCCGGAUGUAUGCAAAAAACCAUAUAGGCAAGAGCGAAGCCAGCAAUGAACUCACCAUCACCACCGAGGAAGCGGCACCUGACGGCCCUCCUCAGGAAGUCCAGCUCGAUCCCGUGUCCUCACAGAGUAUCAGGGUUACCUGGAAGGCCCCCAAAAAGCACCUGCAGAAUGGAAUCAUCCGUGGUUACCAGAUCGGCUUCCGGGAGUACAGCACCGGAGGCAACUACCAGUUUAAUAUAAUCACUGUGGACACCACGGGGGACAGCGAGUUGUAUACUCUGGAUAAUCUGAAGAAAUUCACCCAGUAUGGAGUGGUUGUGCAGGCGUGUAACCGGGCCGGGACAGGGCCAUCCUCUCAGGAAAUCAUCACCACCACACUAGAGGACGUUCCCAGCCGCCCCCCUGAGAACGUCCAGGCAGCUGCAACUUCACCGGAGACCAUAACAAUCUCUUGGUCCACCCCUUCCAAAGAAGCCCUCAACGGCAUCCUCCAGGGGUUCAGGGUUAUCUUCUGGGCUAAUCUUCUAGAUGGAGAACUUGGCGAAAUGAAAAAUGUAACCACAACCCAACCCUUAUUGGAGCUGGACGGCCUGGAGAAGUACACCAACUACAGCAUCCAGGUGCUGGCGUUCACACGGGCCGGCGACGGCGUCCGCAGCGAGCAGAUAUUCGUCAGAACCAAAGAGGAUGUUCCAGGUCCCACAGCUGGAGUUAAAGCUGCCGCCGCCUCCGCCUCCAUCGUCUACGUGUCCUGGCUGCCUCCACUGAAACUAAAUGGCAUUAUCCGCAAGUACACCGUCUUCUGCUCCCACCCAUACCCCACGGAACCUGUCAUCAGUGAGUUUGAAGCUGCCCCAGACUCCUUCUUUUAUCGAAUACCAAACCUGAGCCGAAACAGACAAUACAGUGUUUGGGUGGUGGCGGUGACUGCGGCUGGCAGGGGCAACAGCAGCGACAUCAUCACCGUUGAACCAACUGCUAAAGCUCCUGCCCGAAUUUUGACCUUCAGUGGCACUGUGACCACACCAUGGAUGAGAGAUAUUGUCCUGCCCUGCAAAGCAGUUGGUGACCCUUCCCCUACAAUCAAAUGGAUGAAGGAAAGUAACGGGACACCCAGUCUAGUAACGAAUGAUGGGCGAAGAAGCGUCUACAGCAAUGGAAGCUUUAUCAUCCGGACGGUGAAAGCAGAGGAUUCUGGGUAUUACAGUUGUUCUGCCUCAAACACCUGGGGAUCAGAGGAGAUUGUCCUAAAUCUACAGGUUCAAGUGCCUCCUGACCAACCUCGGUUGACAGUGUCCAAAAGUACUUCUUCUUCCAUAACCCUUUCCUGGAUACCAGGAGACAACGGAGGGAGCUCCAUCCGAGGUUACAUACUUCAGUAUUCAGAGGAUAACAGUGAACAAUGGGGCAGUUUUCCCAUCAGUCCCAGCGAGCGUUCCUACCGCUUGGAAAAUUUGAAAUGCGGCACUUGGUACAAAUUUACUCUGACCGCCCAGAACGGAGUGGGACCUGGACGCAUCAGUGAGAUCAUAGAGGCAAAAACCCUUGGGAAAGAACCCCAGUUUUCAAAAGAGCAAGACCUGUUUGCCAGCAUUAACAGCACAAGAGUGAGACUCAAUCUGAUUGGCUGGAAUGAUGGUGGGUGCCCAAUCACAUCGUUUAACCUGGAGUAUAGGCCGUUUGGCACCACGGUGUGGACCCUGGCACAGAGGACCUCUCUGUCUAAGUCAUAUAUACUGUAUGACCUGCAGGAAGCAAUGUGGUAUGAACUGCAGAUGAGAGUGUGCAACAGUGCCGGCUGCGCGGAGAAGCAGGCCAAUUUUGCAACAUUGAAUUAUGAUGGCAGUACGAUCCCCCCACUCAUAAAAUCCAUUGAGAGCACCGAAGAGGGACUGUCAACCAACAAGGGGAUAAAAAUGCUGGUGACCAUUUCCUGUAUCCUGAUUGGAGUCCUCCUUCUGUUUGCUUUAUUGCUGAUGGUCAGGCGUAGAAGACGAGAACAGAGACUGAAGAGGCUGAGAGAUGCGAAAAGUUUGGCUGAAAUGCUCAUGAGUAAGAAUACUCGGACGUCGGACACGCUGAACAAGCAGCAGACCCUGAGAAUGCACAUAGAUAUCCCCCGAGCUCAGCUCCUUAUAGAAGAGCGGGACACCAUGGAGACGAUAGAUGACAGAUCUACGGUGCUAUUGACUGAUGCUGACUUUGGAGAGUCAUCCAAACAGAAGUCGUUAACGGUCACUCACACGGUGCAUUACCAGUCCGUCUCGCAGGCCACCGGACCCUUGGUCGAUGUGUCAGAUGCUCGACCUGGAACAAAUCCAACCACCAGGAAAAAUGCAAAAGCCGGUCCGGCUGCCCGCAACAGAUACGCAAGUCAGUGGACGCUUAACAGACCCCACCCCACCAUAUCCGCGCACACACUAACCACAGACUGGAGGCUACCGACGCCGAGAGCCACCGGAUCAGUAGACAAGGAGAGCGACAGCUACAGUGUCAGCCCGUCACAGGACACAGACCGAGCGAGGAGCAGCAUGGUCUCCACAGAAAGUGCCUCGUCCACCUACGAAGAGUUAGCAAGAGCCUACGAGCACGCAAAGAUGGAGGAGCAACUGAGACACGCCAAAUUCACCAUCACAGAAUGCUUCAUAUCAGACACCUCUUCAGAGCAACUGACUGCAGGGACUAAUGAGUAUACAGACAGUCUGACCUCUAGCACGCCAUCAGAGUCUGGGAUUUGCAGAUUUACUGCAUCACCUCCUAAACCUCUUGACGGUGGAAAGGUACAAAACAUGGCAGCUCCAAAGGCACAUCGGCCAGGUGAUGUGAUGAACUUGCCGCCGUACCUUAGAAUGGACUUUUUAUUAAAUCGUGGUGCUUCAGGAACUAGCAGAGACUUGGGUUUAGGGCAGGCUUGCUUGGAACCUCAGAAAAGCCGAACCCUGAAGCGACCCACAGUUCUGGAACCAAUACCCAUGGAAAACCCUUCAGCACGUGAAGUACAGUCGUGGCAGCCCAGCGCAGGGGCGGCGGCGGCAGCGGCAGCGGCCGCACCGGUACCUCCACGAGAGGCCACAGAGCUUGGACAGGCAGCUAAAAUAAGCAGUUCACAGGAAUCGCUGCUGGACUCCCGGGGGCACUUGAAAGGAAAUAACCCUUACACAAAAUCUUACACCCUGGUAUAACAGCAAGAAAAAACAAAAAGCUUGUAAAUACUAACAGAAAAAACAAAAUGCAAAUCAAAGCUACCUUUUUCUACUGAAUUCCAACAUUUAUAAUUUAAAGAAAAGAGAAAAAAAAAAAAAAGAUUGCCAAAACAUUGAAAUGACAAAUUUUCAAAAACUGUGCAAAGACUCUCUCGUUAACUUUUUGAUUUUCCUUUGGAUCAUCUAUAGAACAUUCAUCUCCUCUUCCGAGAUGUCAAACUCUUGAAAGGAUUUGGGUUCUUUCUUUAUGUUUUUGUUUUUCGAUCACAUUUGUACCAAAAUUUUUUGUACAAUCUGGUGCAUGUGAACAGUUUACUUGAACGUCCCUAAACACACAAACUAAAGAGAAUCCAGAUAUUAAAUUUCAGAGCU